CGUCAAAGUUUCAAGUUAAAAAAAUUGCAAAAAGAAAAACAGCUAAUAAUUUUCGGGAAAAAUUGUAUUUAUACUAAUAUACGCACUAUUAAAAUAAAUAAAAUAAUAACAUUUCAACAAAAAUGAACCUACAACAAUUGUCAACAUCUGAGCAUGUACCUAUACAAAUACAAGAACAACAGCAAAUAUUUCUACCAAUAAAUAAUCCAAUCUUGGAACAACCACCUACUGCUGCACAUGUAAUGCCAACACCAACCACAAAUUGGAGUAUGGAAUCAAUGCCUUGGAAAAUAACUAAAACCGAUCACACCGGAGAUGUAAUGGAAUUUAGAGCACAUGCACCACACAAGAAUAAUGCGAUGAGACGAGCACUGUUGCAUCAAAAACGAAAAUCGGAAUUUAACGCAAUAGGAACAUUACCAAUUAAACAAUUCAUAUCGGAAGAGAAAAUAACUGCCCAUUUCAAUGGGUUACAUAUAUCUAGUGAUUAUAUACAACAUAAUGCUGGUAAUAUAGCAGACGGCAAUGGCGAUGAGCUACCCUCUACAAGUGGCAAGUGUUUUUCAAAUUUAACCUACGAAGAUUAUCAAGUAACCGCCAAGGAAUUGGAAGAAAAACUACGUAAUGCCAAUCGCAUAACAAUGUGUGAAGAAUUAAAGAAAUUUAAUGCUGUACAGAAAAAGGUUUCCUAUUUACCGGAAGCCUUACUCCAUCGUAUUCCUAAACCCUGCACGGCUUUGGUUUUGUGGCAACCAUCACCCAUUAUGAAUAUUUUCAGUCAAAAUAAUAUGGAUGAAAAUGGAAGCGAGAUGAAGCAAAAUGAAACAAUUGAUGAUUAUACAAUUCCCGAUGUUGAUUUACCGCCAGAACAGCCGGAUGAAAUUGAUGACUUCAUUGAUAACAAUAAUACGUGUAAUUUAGAUUUUAACAAUGUUAAACCAGACAGUAUGGAUGAGGAUUUGUAGUGCUGCUAUUGCUGAAACGUGGCAUUGUUAACACAUAUUCACGAAAUUCUACUACAUAUACGAAAAUAAUGUUAAGUCUUUGUUAGACGUCUCAAAAAUAUAUUGAAGACUUUUUUUUUUAAUAUAACAUGACUGCUAAUAUUUAGAUAUUAAAUAUGCCCACUAAAUCUAAAUUUGAGUUAUCAGAUUUUUAUUUUUAAUUUUCUUUUUUAAUGUGUAUUAAUUACCUACUUUUUAUAUUGUUUUAUACGACUCGAAAUUUGAUGAUGUGAUUCUACUGAUGCAGAGAAAAAAACGCAAAAUAUUCUUACUUUACAAUUAAGCCAUGUUAAUUUUUAACUCGCUUGUAUAACAGCUAAAAGUGAUUAAAUUUACAUAUUUAAAUUUAAAUAAUUAAAUUUAAUAAACAAAAAAAA